GCUGGCCGGACAUCUCCCCCCACCUUCCCCUCCCCUUCACACCAGCCAAGUGAAGGAUUCCUCUCUCCCUCCCUCUCCCUUUCUUUUUCCACCCCUCCCACCUUCAGUGCAAACCCAAGACGCAGGAUCCUGCCGAGGGAAAGCAGCUCCUUGAAAUCAUCACUGCUGCCCCUGCUGCUAACAUGCAGACGAGGAAGGAGAAAAAGACUCCACAGCCACUCUCCUGCGGCUGGGGCUGGGGGCUUCGCAGUGGGGCGAUGGCUUUGGGCUCUCGGAAAUUAUCUCUCACCUUCGUCCAGGGCAUGGGAUCUCUCUUCUUCAUCCUUCAGAUCAUCUCUGUACGGGCUGAUGGGAAAGUGUUUGCACUUGAGUCGAAGAACAACUCUCAGGGUCUGGAUUUAGCUGAAGCUGAGAAAGCUUGUGUUGACCUGAAUGCUCGCUUAGCAACUGCAGAAGAACUGAAAAGGGCUGUUCAGGACUGUUCCUUCACUGGCUGCACCACAGGAUGGCUUGCUGAUGGCUCUGCUGGGACAAUUAUAUGCAGAAAGACGGGCAGCAAACAGCAGAGCGUGAAAGCCAUUGAUGUUAAAAUUGAAACCGAUCCCUUUGUGAAUGACCAGUAUGAUGCUUUUUGUGUAAAGGAUGAAGACAAGCCAUGUGGGGACCCGCCGUCCUUCCCUCACACCAUCCUGCACGGCCAUACUGGCUUCGAAAUGGGGGAUGAGCUGCUGUAUGUUUGUGCUCAGGGGUACGUCAUGGGCAACAAGGAGGCGGCAUUCACGCUGCUCUGCGACACUUGCGGGGAGUGGUAUGGGCAGGUUCAGGCCUGUGUCAAAGAUGAAACUGAGGCACACAUUGACUAUGAAGAUAAUUUUCCUGAUGACAGAUCAAUACCAAUUGUUGAGAAUGAACAUGCCAAUGGCAAAGAGGAAAUUGAGCAGGAACAAGAACAGCCUUCCUUCAGUAAGAAUCCAGAGGAAAGAAGAACUGUAAGUACCAGAGGGGUUACUCAUGACACAGAUACUUCUGAAAAAGGAAGCAGGGUACCAACUGAAUCCCCUGUUUCACUCCUAAGCCAAAAAAAUUUGUUUUGGUUUCCAUCAGAGGCUUUCAGUGAGCCUGAAUCAGAGAAAGAGACAGAUGAUUCUACUAAAGUACAGUUUUCUGAGGGUGAUAACCAUAUUGGAGUGAAGACAGUCUAUGAUGAACCUGGUACCAAAAUGUUUUAUGACAGUGAGGACUUCCCCAUUGGACCCAUUCUCACAACUAAUGAUACAAAGGCAGAGAUAGAUAGAGUUGCCAUUACUGAUGAGUCUUGGUUAGAUGGCUAUCCUGUAACACAACAAGUGGUAGAGGAUGAUGAAGAGGAGGGGGAUAAAGUUGAUGGAUCGAUGGGAACAGAAGAAGACAUUGUCCUCACAACUGACCAACCAAAUCAUGUUGAAGUUAGAAAAUUGGACAAUGGUAGCCCAGUUCCAGAGAAAGGUUUAACACAAAUUGUGGCAGCAACAACGAGGAUAGAUGAUGAAGGGGCCAAAGAGACACCGGUACCACCUACAUCAGUGGGCGGUCUGGAGGACUUAAAUGUGAGCAGAGGUUAUGAUGAUGCCGCAUGGGACCACCCAACUACAUCUCUGGAAACUGUGACUCAGGAGCCCAGUACAACGAUGCUGUUGGACAUAAGCAGCCUAAAAACAUCCAUGUCAGAAACCUCUAUGAUAGUCAGCCCGUUUGAUCACACUACCUAUGAAGAAGCAAAAGGAACAACAGCCUACCCAAUGCAAGUAGCAACCACGGCACCAGCUCCAAAUAUCAUUACUGACACAUCACCCCAGGAAUUAGCUGAGCAAGAAAAUCUCACACAGGGCCUUGGAGAAAACCCUGUCCCCACUUCUGAACCUUGUGAGGGAGAGGAUUGCCCCAAGUCAAGUAAAGGUCCUAUCAUAGUGGUAAUUGUGAUUCUUCUGUGCUUAUUACUGGUUGCAGCUGUACUGGCUGUAUGUUUUUUCAAAAAACAGCAGCAGAAAAAUUCUGUCUAUAAACUAAAUGGAAGGUGUCAACCCAGGCAUCACUGCUACCACCACUACCACCACCAACACAUUGAAAUGCAGAAAGUCUAACCAGGGGUCUUUGGGGAGAGAUGCUUGAUAUCAGAAGAAAAACAUAUUGAUACUAGAAGGAUCACAUGACUCUUGGAUACUAAAAUUCAGCAGUGCAGAAAGCAGAAAAAAAAAGCUAAAAGAACAUAGAAGACAGAAAAGAUUUCAUCUGAUUGAAAUCGCAGUUUAGCAUAUCUGACCUUUCAGAGCUAAAUAAUCUGUAUGUUUUUAUCACAAGAGUCUUUGGGAGACAGCAGGGCACAGUUUGCUUGCUAGUGCAUCUACAAUUAGUUCCUCUUUUACAUUUUGCUCCUAUUAAUUGAUUAAUUUUUGUGUUACCUGGUUAUAAUCUAAUGGCAGGGCUGGUCAUGCCUUCUUGGACUAUUCUCAGUGGAACGGGGAAAGAAGGAGGAAAGGAGGGGAGAAGGAUGUUUUUGGAGCAACCACACAUUUGCUGUUUGUUCCUUUUUGAGAACCUGACCAAGUUUGUCAGGAUAAACCACUGUAACGAAUUAUUGCUUGACAUGUCUUUAAAAGAAGAACUAUUUGCUACCAUACUUUAAUGGAUAGUAUUGCAAUGAUUACUAAGGUACUUUUCUUCAGUGUAAUGAAUUUAACAAGCCAAAAGUGUUGGAUCGUUAUGAUAUUUUUAUGAAAGGUGUUCUUUUUGCCUUAGUGAAGAAGUGCCAUUCUUAUACUAACUUUUUAUAGAAAUGAUGAUGCCUCCCUGGAAUUCAGAGAAUACUGCAAAGGCCAUACUUCCUUUAAUGUCAGCAGGAGAGGAGUCAGAGCACUUUUGAUUUCAGGUGUUAUGAUGAAUAGCCUCAUAUUACAGAGCAGACAGUGAUGAAGUACUUUGCAGGGGAACCUAACCUGAAGCCAUUCGCUUUUCUGAAUGAUAGCUACUGACCAAGAUUUUGAGUUUUAAUUCACAGCCAGUAGUACCUCUGGCAACUGAAGCUACAUGUAACAUUUCUGCCAUAUGAGUUCUGUGGAAUGACUGAUUUUCACCAUUCUGCUCUUUCGUCAGCUGAAGAGGUGUCUGGGGUGGGCAAAGAUCGGUGAUGGGAGAUGGGCAACUGUUUUGAAUGCUGCUUUUUGUAGUCUUAAAGGUAAAGUGAACUUAGGAAAGAGAGAAAUUGCAUCCACUUGACAAAAUGCAAAAAGUUGACUUUUAUACUGGGUGUUUGCAUAAAAACAUAGAGGCUUUUCCAACAGCAUGUUCCAUGUCAAACAGUUUUGAAAAUAACUAUGGAUAGAGAGGAAGAUGGAGGAAGAUGUUUUCUGGAAUCCCUUCAAACAGUUCUGGUGUGAUUAGUAUGAAAUAUUCUUCCUUAACUUUCUGAAUGAAAAGGAGAAAGACUGACAGCUCUGAAUAAUCUGCAGGUCAGAAAUGAAUUCAUCUGCCACUAUGUUGUACAACCUUAGCCAAAAUGCUCGAGCACUUAACACAUCAAAAUACUAAUAAAAGGUGACUCGGUGGAGUCCACCCAAUUUCAUGAUCUGCCUUGAGUCACAGUAGCAAUCACCUCUAACUCCAUGGAAGUUAGUUAACUUUAUGAAAUGGAGUGCAGAAUUUGGCCCGUCAUGCAUCAAUGCAUGCAUCCAUCAAUCAAUCCCAAUGCUGGUAAGGAAAACAAAGAUUUUUUAAAUGACAGAUAUACAAUAUCUUGGAGAAUUUGUCCUCAGUGUGUUAAGAGUUGAAUCUAAUUGCCUGGCAAAAGCCACAAUAAUCAAAGAACAACAGAAACUGUACAGAUUUGUAAAUACUGUGUUCUCUGACAUAUGCAUGACUUUAUGCUUUUAAUGCAUUCUAAAAUAUGAAAUAACCUAGAUUUUCUGUUGUAAACUAUUUUUUUUAUGCAGCAGUUUUUAAAAAAGCAAUGGAUUUAGCACUAAGGAACUUUAUGGACACUGUUAACUCAACUAAAAUAUACUGUGUUUAAUCUUAUGGAAAUAUGCUGAAAAUGAACACAGGAACAUCCAUUAAAAUAUUGUUUAACUGAAAGGUACAAAUGUGUGUUACAGUUCUGUGAAGUAUUAUCCAGAAUGAAAAGUCUUUACUGUUUGUCUCAGGAACUGAACUGUAAAAAUGAGACUCAGAAUAUAAUUACAAACACAAACUGUACAGGGAUCUUAUUUGAGAGACAGAAAUACUUGUUAUUCAUGAACCAGAAGAAAAUGUACAUUAACACAAUGCUUUGGAGGUAUUUAAAUAAAAAUCAAGUUAAAGAAAAGCGAAAGGAAGCAGUUGUGUGUGUUCUUGUGCAAAUCAUCCAGUCUACCUACAUAUUUAUGGAAAAAAAGACAAGUCUGGCACUUGGAUAAUUCUUGUAGAAGACACUUUGAUAUUAAAAAAUUAGCUGAAAAGUGUUCAGCUUAGGUUCCUAUUGCAUUUCUGCUCAGAAGAGCAUCCACCCCCAUGCAGCAGCAUCUGCAUGUACUCACGGUUUUUAUUUUACUAGAAUGAUUCAUGGAGUUUGGGGAAAAAAAAAAAGAGAAGAAAAAAAAAAAAAGAGGGAUAAACAGUCCAUGAAUGAUAUAUUGGACUUAGACCUCCUCUCAUGUGUGAAACUUGGCUGGUCAAAGACAGUAGGGAUGGAGAACAACCAAUACAGCACAGUAAGUACAAAAUCUGAAGAUGAUAAGGCCAAAAUACAGGGAUGAAUUGCUCAGUACAGGCAGUAAGAGCUAGAAGUGACGGAUGUGGGUUGAAGUUAGGAAAGGAAGAAGUAAAGGUGGAAAUAUCAGGCAUGAUUUUGUGAUGAUAUCUAUUCAUUAAGAGAUGUUGUCCUGUGAUGAAAAUCAUGUAUUAUACUCUUUUAGGAAAGCCACAUAGAGCAGGAUGGCCAGAGUUAACUCACCAGCACCAAGACUAUGAUAUUCUACCUCUCCUCUCUUUUCCUUUGUCCACAAUUACCUAUUAGCUGGGCCAGGAGAUCAUCUCCUGCUGCAUCUUGCACCAUCCUGUAUGAAUUUGCUACCAGGCAGGAUGAGAAGUGAUGCUGUGACGAGUCAUGUUAAAGCUACUGAGAGUCUUCAUGGUAGCCAGCCUUUCUCUUGGUGGUUGUUUGGGGUUCCAGACCUUGGAAAAAAAAGGUGUUUGCUCCCCCUUAUACAGAAACAUUAGAAUCACAGAUCUUAUGUGUUUGGUAAGUUCUCAGCCUGAAAUCCCCUUCUUUAUUUCCAUGGUUAUCCUUGUAUUUCCUAGAUAGGGGAUAAUAUACAGUUUAUUGCACUGUACUGGUUUAUUGCAUACUGUACCUUAAAUUUUAUUGUGUUGAGGAUCUGUUGUUGCAAGCAUUGAAGCCAGCAUAGAUUGAUUUUUUUUUUCUUCAGUGAAAAUAAUUAUUUUUUUAAUAUAUCCAGUAAUUUGUAGCGCUAACAUAAUACUACCUGUGAAAGAUCAUAAUAGGUAGCCAUGAAUGACAAUUUUAAAAAUUAGUUAUAGCAAGAAAUUAUUCAAUAGUUGUAAGACUUGUUAAACUACAGGGUUACCACCAGUUCAGGAAGAAAUAU